AAUUUCCUCUCCUGUUGUCUCACCCAGCCCUCCUUUCCCGAUCUCGACUCUAUUUUAGACGGCAAAUUGAAGACAACCCAGAUCGGUCGAGCAAAUCAACGAGCGAAAUGGCUUUGACUUACCGCUCGUCGAAUCUGCUGAAGCCUCUCUCCGCCUCCGUGUCGUUCACCUCCGCCCCGUCCCUCCGCCGCCUGUUUUCCACCGACGACUCCGCCACCAUCACCCUCGAGACCAGCGUCCCCUUCACGGGCCACAAAUGCGAUCCGCCGCCUCGAACGGUGGAGACGACGCCGAAGGAGCUGAUGACCUUCUUCACCGACAUGGCCAAGAUGCGCCGCAUGGAGAUCGCCGCUGACUCGCUCUACAAGUCCAAGCUGAUCCGCGGCUUCUGCCAUCUCUACGACGGCCAGGAGGCUGUCGCCGUCGGCAUGGAGGCCGCCAUCACGAAGAAGGACUGCAUUAUUACCGCCUACCGAGACCACUGCAUCUUCCUCGGGCGCGGCGGAACCCUACUCGAGGCAUUCUCCGAACUCAUGGGACGCCAGGGCGGGUGUUCUAAGGGGAAAGGCGGUUCUAUGCAUUUCUACAAGAAGGAUAGUGGAUUCUACGGAGGCCACGGGAUUGUUGGGGCUCAGGUGCCUUUAGGUUGUGGAUUGGCCUUUGCGCAGAAGUACUCCAAAGAAGAGCACGUGACCUUUACCAUGUACGGUGAUGGCGCGGCAAACCAAGGGCAGUUGUUUGAGGCGCUUAAUAUCGCUGCACUUUUGGAUCUUCCUGCAAUUCUAGUCUGCGAAAACAACCAUUAUGGAAUGGGCACAGCGGAGUGGAGAGCUGCAAAGAGUCCAGCCUAUUACAAGAGAGGGGAUUACGUCCCUGGUUUGAAGGUAGACGGUAUGGAUGCAUUUGCUGUGAAGCAAGCUUGUAAAUUUGCCAAGGAGCAUGCCUUGAAGAAUGGACCCAUUAUUCUUGAGAUGGACACUUACAGGUAUCAUGGUCAUUCAAUGUCUGAUCCUGGGAGCACCUACCGCACCCGUGACGAGAUUACCGGUGUCAGACAGGAGCGUGAUCCACUUGAAAGGAUAAGGAAGCUGAUACUAUCCCAUGAUAUAGCAACUGAAAAGGAGUUAAAGGAUAUUGAAAAAGAAAUCAGAAAAGAGGUAGACGAUGCUAUUGCUAAAGCCAAGGAAAGCCCAAUGCCAGAACCUUCUGAACUCUUCACUAAUGUGUAUGUUAAAGGCCUGGGAGUUGAGGCAUUUGGAGCGGAUAGGAAAGAAGUCAGAGCCACACUUCCUUGAGUCAAACCAUCAUCUGGGAACAAUUAGGAGGCUCUUGGCCUUGGUGACGAAUAAGAAACCAGAGGAAGAGGAUGUGAUUUUUGACUGAACAAUAAAAAUGGUACUAAAAGGUUGUCAUUCCCUGCUUUGCUGUGUUGUACCAUGAUUUUCUCAAGGUUUAUAGUCCCUGUUAUUGGUAGGAUUCAUUCCUGCAUUCUGGUGAUGUAGCUGUCUUUUUUCUUUUUUUUGGGUUUUGGUUGCGGUGGUGGUGGUUGUUUUGGGUUUUUUUUUUUUUUUUUUUGGGGGGGGGGGGGGCGGCUUAGAUGUGAAUUUGAAUUUUAUAACUGUUCCUUGCUGAACUAAGGUGGCAUAAAUUCCUUUGAUUAAACAAUAAUUUGAUUUUGGGCGUGUAAGCAUCGCCCGUUGUUUGCCGCAUUGAAACAGGCUGGCGGUUCAUCUA